ACGAUGUGGUUUUUCAUCUUUGGUUGGUUUUUCACCGCAUUUGUUGUUCUUGGAAAUGUCCUGGUAAUUUAUUUGAUCAUCACAAGACCUCGACUACAUGUUAAAACGAACUGGUUCAUUCUUUCUCUUGCACUGGCCGAUUUCUGCUUCGGGUUAAGCUAUUUUCCCAUGAUUUUUACUUCGUAUUUCAACGCUCAAAUAUCCACCGAUCAUUCAGGGCUGUGGUUCAAAAUCAGCCAUACAUUUCUCUAUUCUUCGUGUGUGAAUUUGUGCGUGCUGAUAACGGAUAAGUAUAUUACAGUUAUGAAGCCGUUGAGAUACGAUUCCUACAUGACACGAAAGCGACUCUUGUCUGCGCUCGCCUUAGCAUGGAUUACACCAUUUCUCCUGUUCACAGUACCCUCAUUUUUCACAUAUUCAGGAAGAAACGACUUAUUCACGUUUGCUUUUGAAACAUUUAGAGUACUUAUUUUUCAGCUUGUGCCAAGUGUCGCGUUUGUUUUGAUAACAGGACAUCUCUUCCUGAUAGCGAGAAGCAUUUCGCAAAAAGAGACACUUCUACUCGCCCAACUCAAGUUUAAUUUUUGUGAACAUCCGAAAAAACGAGUUAAGAAAAUCAAAGAAAGGAAAGCUUCUAUGAAGAUGAUUUUCUUAAUCAUUUUAUUCUUCGUUCUUUGUCACAUUGGAGGGAACUAUCGUUGUUUCUGUUUCACAUUCAAAAUGUGUGUCGCUUCAGAGACUUUAAAAAAAGUUAUUCACAUCUGUUUUAUUAUAAAUUCGGCUGUCAAUCCUUUAGUAUACGCUUUUUUGAAAAAAGAUAUGAAACGGGAACUGAAAAAUGUGGCCAUUGAACAAAAGCUGUCAUUGGUUAGAGCCUUUAAGCGGAAUUCAUCAGAACCGGCAAUUGAGCUUCGCUAGCUUAUACUGAUAUCCGAAUGGAGGCAAAUCUUUUGCACAAUUUUUACUCAUAUACUUU